CACGCCUCAACCCACGUUUUCCCUUCUCUUUCAACUUCUCAAAUGUAGUCAAAAGUCAAAACCCUAUCUUUGCUCGAACAAUAGAAACUGGAAACAAUAGAAAGUUCUCUGCUCGAAGCUUCACUGCUUGAUUUUCAAUGCUAUAUUUCCCAUUCUCAACUUCUCAUUGCUCGAACUUGCUCAAACUUCUGUGCUCGAAGCUUCACUGCUCGCGUCUCUGGUCUCUCACUGCACUUGAUUAUUUUUCUGGAUCCGCCACUGCUCAGAACCUCCCCUAAUUCAAAUGAAAAACAUAAACGGCUCUGCCAAAAAACGGAGGCAAGCGAGGAAGCGCCAAUAUUUGAACUUGGAAGUGGAGCUACUUGAACAUGCAAAUUAUUCCAGAGAUGUUCAACUAUGGCUCCCUGCUAUCAACAACAAUGUACAAAAAAUACUCCAAUUUCAUACGUUACUACUGCAAAUUCCUACAAAUUUCUACAGAAUCUGUUGUUGUUAGUGUUAAACCAUCUUCAUUUCAAAUAACACAUAAGGCUUAUGAUUAUCUUCUAAGAAUAUGCUUAGAACAGUGUGGGAAAAUUAAAGCACGCCAAGUUUUCGAUGAAAUGCCUCAGAGAAUAUCCCAAAUUUUAUUUACGUGUAAACGCAUCCAUGCUCAGAGCUUGAAGUUGGGUUUUGCUUUAAAUGGGGAACUGGGUAAUGCACUUUUGGAUCUGUAUGCUAAAUGUGGUAAUGCAGUGUAUACCAAGAGGGUGUUUCAAAGGUUGGAGAUUAGGGGUGUGGGGUGUUGGAAUUCAAUCAUGUCAAUGUAUUUGAGAGUUGGAUUAGUAUAUGAAGUUGUCAACUUAUUUUGGUCGAUGCGAAAUUUGGGUUUCUGGCCGAAUCCUUUUAGUUAUGCUAUUGUGCUUUCUGCUUGUGCUAGAAUGGUGCUAAUUGAUUUCGGAAAACAAGUACAUUGUGAUGUGAUCAAGAUGGGUUAUGUAUGGCAUUCUCAUUGUGAAGGUUCAUUGACUGAUAUGUAUGUAAAAUCUAAUGCUUUAGGUGAUGCUAGGCGAUUGUUCGAUCAAGUGGUUAAUCCAAGUUUGGUUUCAUGGACCACGAUGAUUACAUCAUAUGUUAUGAUGGGAUUACUUGAUGAGGCGCUUAAAGUGUUUGACAGUAUGCAAAAUCAAGGCUUUUUUCCUGAUCAUGUGGCAUUUGUGACUGUGAUUAGUGCAUUGGUUAAUGAUGGGAGGUUGGAUAAGGCAAGGGAUUUGUUCAGCCAAAUGCAUCUUCCUAAUACUAUAGCUUGGAAUGUUAUGAUAUCUGGCCAUGCUAAAAGAGGUUUUGAAGCAGAAGCUAUAAAAUUGUUCAUACAUAUGAGAAGAGUCGGUGUACCAUCAACUCGUUCCACUUUAGGCAGUGUUGUAAGUGCCAUUGCUAGUUUGAAGGUUUUGGACGUUGGUCAAUCAGUUCAUGCUCAGGCAAUACAACAAGGACUUGAUCAUAAUGUUUAUGUAGGAAGCUCUUUACUAAACAUGUAUGCCAAAUGUCAAAAGCUGGAUUCUGCAAGGCAAGUUUUUGAUUCAUUGGACCAGAGAAACAUUAUAAUGUGGAAUGCGAUGCUUGGAGGUUAUGUACAAAAUGGAUUUGCUGGAGAGGUAAUUGAAUUAUUCAUGGACAUGAAGGAUGAUGGUUUUCAAGUCGAUGGGUUUACUUAUACGAGCAUUCUGAGCGCUUGUGGUUGUUUAAAGAAAAUGGAUUUGGGAAGCCAGUUACAUUCUUUGAUAAUUAAGACUAACUUUGAAACUAACUUAUUUGUAAGCAAUGCAUUGGUAGACAUGUAUGCUAAAUUAGGGAGUUUAGCAGAGGCAAGGCAGAUAUUUGAUGGUAUGGAGAUUAGGGAUAAUGUAUCGUGGAAUGCAGUUAUUGUUGGGCAUGUUCAGGUGGAAGAGGAAGAUAAGGCUUUUGACCUAUUUCGGAGAAUGACGUCUGAAGGUACAACAGCUGAUGAAUUUUCUCUAGCGAGCAUACUCAACGCUUGUGCUACAUUGAAAAAUCUUGCCAGUGGAAGACAAAUGCAUUGUUUAUCUGUGAAACAAGGCUUAGCAACUAGCCUAUAUGCAGGAAGCUCCCUUAUUGACAUGUAUGUCAAGUGUGGGAUGAAUGAGAAUGCAUAUAAAGUUUUCAAUCGUAUGCGAAAGUGGAGUGUGAUCUCUAUGAAUGCUUUGAUUGCAGGGCUUGCUCAUGAUAGUUUGACGGAAGCGUUAGAAAUUUAUAAGCUUAUGCUGGCUGAAGGACUAUGCCCAUCUGAAAUCACUUUUGCUAAUCUAUUAGAAGCAUGCCAUGCCCAUGGAUCCUUUGGAUUUGACUUCGGGAGGCAAAUCCACUGCCUUUUGUCAAAGAAAGGGAUCUUGUAUGAUGAUGGAUUCUUGGGUGUAUCUCUAUUGAGCGUGUACAUGAAUUCCCAUCAAAAGACAGAUGCUAUUCAAUUAUUUUCGGAGUUCCCAGAACAGAAGAGUGCAAUUCUAUGGACAUCUAUGAUGUCUGGAUUAAGUCAAAAUGACUACCAUGAGGAAGCCUUACAGUUCUAUAAAGAAAUGCGUAGCUAUAAUGUUUUGCCUGACCAAGCAACAUUUGCUAGCGUUCUCAAGAUAUGUUCCGCAUUAACUUUAUUGAGGGAUGGCACCGAAAUCCACUCAUUUGCUUUUCGUUAUGGCUUCUAUUCAGAUGUAUUAGUUGGCUGUGCUCUUAUUGACAUGUAUGCCAAAUGUGGAGAUGUCAGAAGUUCUAUGCAGGUUUUCAAUGAAAUUGACUGUAAAUGGGAUAUCAUUCUAUGGAAUUCAGUUAUAGUAGGAUUAGCUAAAAAUGGCUAUGUAGAAGAUGUACUAAAAACAUUUGGUGAAUUGAUGCAGUCUAACACAAAUCCUGAUGAGGUGACAUUCCUGGGUGUUCUUAGUGCUUGUAGUCAUGGUGGAAAAAUAUGUGAAGGUCGUCGUAUCUAUAAUACGAUGAUAAAUAAGUAUGGUAUACAGCCGAGACAUGAUCAUUGUGCUUGUAUGAUUGAUCUUUUUGGUCGAUGGGGUUUACUCGAGGAAGCAGAGAGUUUUAUUGAAAUGCUAGAGUUGGAACCUGAUGCAAAGAUAUGGGCUUCUUUUCUUAGUGCUUGUAAAUUACACGGAGAUGAUGAAAGGGGAAGGAGAGCAGCAGAAAAGCUUAUUACUCUUGAUCCUUAUAAUUCUUCAGCAUAUAUUUUGCUUUCAAGUAUACAUGCUUCCUCAGGCAAUUGGAGUGAGGUUGAUUCCUUGAGGAAGAAAAUGAAAGAACAGGGUGUCAUAAAGUUUCCUGGAUCUAGUUGGAUCAGUAAGACAAAGGGUAUUGUUGUUGAUGACUUGCCAUAGGAAAACAAGGGUACAUCUGAUCCUCUCAAACCCUGUCUAGAUAGGACCCACAUAAUAACAUUGGGGUAAUGAAAUAGAAUGUUGUAUAGCAUCAUACAUGGUAUUUUUUCAAAAGCAUACAUACAAUGGUGUGCUUCUUGUGUUUGAUGGCCUUUUGGUUAAUCUGACUUGGUAGUGCUUCUUUUUUUACUAAUAUCCUCUAUAUAUAAAAAGCCUUCAAGGGAAGAAUAUUAUUCAUCAUGCAUUUGAUGAAUAGUGUUUUUGCCAAGUGGAUUCCCAAUCAGCCUUGAGGUGCCAGCUGUUAUGUUUAAUUGCCACUCAUCCUUUAAUUGCUGGCUUGUGAGAGGGUUUUUCCUUUUUUGCUUUCCCUUGCUCUGCUCUGUUCCAUUUACUCUUCUUGAUCUCUUUAUAAAAAACCCUAAGACAGAUUCCCCUCUCCCUUAUUUCAACUACGCCGUUCUGUACUUCUUUGAGAGACUAACUGCUUGAUUAAGAAAUGAAAAUUCAUAACCGACUGAUCUUCUUUGAGGGAUUCAUCCCAAAGUUACGUUGAAUGAUGUAUGUCUUCCUCCAAACUCAAUUGUCACAAAGCCGAUGGCGGCUAUUCAGAUGCAGGCUUCUCUUCCUUAAAUUUGAGUUUUAUUGAUUUCUGUAUAGGGUUAAUGAAGUUCUAUUACCUCUAGAUUUGAUUCUGCAAAUUAGGUACAACUUCAGAUCUGAGUUUUCAUUUUUGUUUUAUAAGGAGUUUGUUUGGCUCCCUUUGUGCCGGGCUUACUUGUGUAAUGGCUUCUUUGUCGAGUCAGACACAGUUUCGUUACACCCAAACCCCUUCAAAGGUGCUUCACUUGAGAAAUUUGCCUUGGGAAUGCACAAAGGAAGAGCUGAUUGAAUUGGGGAAGCAUUUUGGUAAAGAUGGCAACACAAAGUGCAAUGUUGGGGCCAACUAGAAUCAAGCUUUCAUCGAAUUUGCGGAUCUUAAUCAAGCCAUUUCCAUGAUAUCAUACUAUGCUUCAACAUCAGAACCUGCAGAAAUACGUGGAAAAACAGUUUACCUGCAGUACUCCAACAGGCAAGAAGUUGUGAACAUUAAGACCACUGCUGACACUGUAGGAAAUGUGUUAUUAGUGACAAUUGAGGGAGAUGAAGCUCGCCAAGUCAGUAUAGACUGCUUACACUUGGUAAGUCAUUAAGAUGCUUCAUGUUUUGACAUUAUAUGUUGCCUGUAUGAAUCCUUGGGGUUAGUUUUUUGGACUAGGCUAUGGCUGGUCAUACUCUAUAUAUAUUGCAUAUUUCACUUGAAUGUAAAUGGAUAAGCAAGCCAUUGUUAAUUGUCUAACUUCGAUGGCAGCAUAAUGCAUUGGGAAAAAGAAUCAUGGGAGCGUAUUAUGCUGUACAGUUGGCCAUCUUCUCCCUCUCGUGGCAUCUCCUUUUUCUGUUUAGUUGUUGCUUUUACUAAACAUGUAUUGUAAUAAUUGCUUUCAAGUUUCAAUAAUACUCAUGUUUUAUACUCUGGAUACUAUUGUGUUUUUAAUGGUUAGUAUUUAUCUGUUUUAUAUAUAACUAGACCCAGUGCUUCUCAAGAUUAUAGUAAAGGUGAUUCUCAUUCAAGUUUGUAUGGAUUUGGAAAAGACUUUCUGAAUACAAAUGUGAGCAUAAAUGAUUUUGCUGCAAAAGCAUAUACCGAGGGACUUGUUAUCACUAUAUCAGGUCAGGAGUCUGGUCAGUAUAGACUUACAGUAGUUAAGCUGCCGCUUUGUUUGACAGCUAACAAGUGUUUAGUAGGAGUAUAUAUAAUUAAUGUGUCACAUAACAUAUUUUGUCUUUAUUUCAGAUCCUGUACAAUUGAGUAAUUUUCCAGCAUCUGCUUCAAAGCUCCAUGAUAGCCAUCUGGACUUAAAGAAUUAAACAAUGUUUGGAUUGGAGGAUAAGAAACAACAUGUAGUAGGAGAUUUUAGAAGUAAAAAAACUUCUGAACGGCAUUCGACAGGUUUUAAUUCUGAUGCUGCUGUUUUCUUUGAUAUUCCAUCGGAUUCAGCUGUGGCUGAAUCAAAUCCCCGAAGAUCUCGUCCGUCUUUCCUUGAUUCUCUGAACACGAAAGAUUCGUCUUUAUCCGGUCGAUCUUUUGUUGAUAAAGACAAGUUUACAGACUCAGAUUUUUCCAGUGGCAGUUCUGCUGUAUCAUCUGCAAUUCACAUUCCAUCUAUAGCAUUUACAUCUAUUGACCCCCUUCCAACACCAGCAUCUUAUAAAUCGCAUGAUGUUAUCUUCAGCAAUGAGUCCAAGCAACAGAAUUCAUUUGGGCGCUACUCAGAAAAUAAGCUGGACUUCACUUCACAGAAACAAAUGAAGAUUUACAGCUCUGGAACAGUUACUUCGUUGUUUCUGAUGUGUAUUAUUUUUCUUCUUUUAUUGCUUUGGUCACUGGGACAGCGGGUGCUGCAGCUUACUAUCCUGGUUGGUGGAUUGGUUUUGAAUUCGAGUGAGGGUGCGAGUGAUAGUAUUUUUUUUUCGUUUUGUUUGAAUUCGAGGGUUUUGGUGGAUAGGUUGUGCUUUUUGAUUUUGAUUUGCAGUCAUUUGUAUUUUUUUCAUCAAACUUGAAAUAUGCAAAUCAGUCCAUGUAUGCAGUAUUUCGGAAAAACGAAUGAUACUAUAGAAAUCAGUUUCCACUAUGCUGGGAAAAGGGAGCACAGGUAUCCCUGUUAGAGGAACAUAUGGUCCACUCAUAUCAGCAGUUUCUGUGGAGUCAGGUAACUAUAUUAUUGGUUGUAUGUUCUGUAUUUUCUGGCUUAUCCAUACAGUAGCUGUUAAAUUGAUUGCAUCAUUUCAUAGCAGCUUAUUCUUUUAGAGACCUGCAAAAUUAGUUUGCAAAUAGAGUAUUAAGUGGAGAUUUGCUAUAAGCCAUGACUAAAGGCCUUAAGGAAAUGUUAAGAAGUCCAAAAUACUGCAUACAUGGACUGAUUUGCAGUCAUUUGUAUCUUCACGGAUUCAGAUUCAAAGUUUUUCCAAAUCAUAAUUCUUUCUAUAGUUUUUUUCUAAAAAAUCUAUCUGGGCCUUAGAUUGAUCUUUAGUCAUUAGAUAUUUUUAUUAGUGUAUGAUGGUUCAACAGUUAGGAGGACUCUGUCGCACUGGUUUUGAUGUUAAUAAAUUUGUCCCACAACUUGUUUU